AUGAACGCAAGUGGCAGCGAGUCUAGCAAAGGUGGCCAAGCCAAGAAAAAAGCAAAAUCCGACCAAGGCGCUCAGAAUCGAGGAGGGAGGAAGGGGACAGAUCCGAACGAUCUGAUUGAAGCGGCAUUACAGGAUGGGCUCACUGAGGACAAAUCUGAGAUUGACGGUGACCCAGUCCGAAAAGCGCUUAGCGAUACCACUAAGCCGCGGUAUAACCAAUUAAUGAAGAUUUGGGAAGCGUACGUGGCAAAAUUCGAAGUAUCAGACCCGUUUGACACGAGGACGAUGAAGCAUUUCACUAAAACCGUCUAG